CCGCAGCUGAGCGCCCCGCGGCUGCCCCGCUCUCCCGGCGGCACUCCCGCUUCUCCAGCAUGUCCUUCGCCAUGCUGCGCUCGGCCCCGGGGCGCUUCCUGUACCCCGAGAUCAGCGCGCUGUCCGAGGACGAGGAGAACAGCGAGAGCUCGGGCUCGGAGGAGAAGCCCUUCCACAUGGAGGGCGCCGCGUUCGGCAUGCCGGGCGGCAAGCGGCGCAGCGGCAAGAGCCGCGGGCGGCUGGCCCGGGAGCCGCGGCAGCGGCACACAGCGAACGCCCGCGAGCGGGACCGCACCAACUCGGUGAACACGGCGUUCACGGCGCUGCGCACGCUGAUCCCCACCGAGCCGGCCGACAGGAAGCUCUCCAAGAUCGAGACGCUGCGCCUCGCCUCCAGCUACAUCUCGCACCUGGGCAACGUGCUGCUGCUCGGCGAGGCCGGCGGCGGCGGCGGCGGCGGCGGCGUUGGAGGGCAGCCGUGCCACGGGGCAGCGCCAAUUCCAUGGGGAU